AUGACUGCCCCCAACACGAUGGCGCUGCUGGAGCUCGCCUCGGCACCAACAACACGCCGCCUCUGUCCGCCGCGCUGCUCCCACGGGCUUCACCUGAGCGACACGGGGGUCGUGGACACCGACAUGGCUUCAGACGGAAUGGACGAACGCUCCCCGCUUCUGUCGGGCCCCAACUCGGAGAAUGUGACCCCCAAUGCGCCCCCGUAUCUCGAAGCCUCCAGCCCGCGAGUUUUGCCUGCCGAGCUCCCUCCUCCAUACACAGCCAUCGCCAGUCCUGAUGCCGGUGGAGUUCCCGUCAUAAACUGUCGUGUCUGUCAAUCGCUCAUUAACCUGGAUGGCAAACUGCACCAACACGUGGUCAAGUGCACGGUCUGCAACGAGGCUACGCCGAUCAAGAAUCCCCCGACCGGAAAGAAGUAUGUGCGCUGUCCUUGUAACUGUCUGCUCAUCUGUAAAGACACAUCCAGAAGGAUAGGAUGUCCUCGGCCAAACUGCAGACGCAUUAUAAAUCUUAGCCCAGUCAUGGUGAUCCCAGAGGAGCAGGCCGCUCAGCCAGCUCUGCCCAUCCAGCCGGAGGGGAUGAGAGUCGUCUGCGGCCACUGUGGCAACACUUUUCUAGGCAGUGAAGACGCCAAGUCAUCUCAGCCAAUGUCUGGCCUGUCCAGCGACGGCUCUCCCCCAGAGCAGCAACAGUGGAUGGAGCUCCGGUUUAACACACUAGCGAAGUGUCCCCACUGCAAAAAAAUAUCGUCCGUCGGAAGUGCACUGCCCAGGAGGCGCUGUUGUGCCUACAUCACAGUAGGAAUGAUCUGCAUUUUCAUUGGUGUGGGGUUAACUGUGGGCACUCGGGACUUUGCCAGUCGAUACAAUGCCACUUACGUGUCCUGGGCCCUGGCUUAUCUGCUGGGCCUCAUCUGCCUGAUACGAGCCUGUUACUGGGGCGCCAUCAAAGUCAGCUAUCCCGAGAACAGCUUUGCCUAA